AUGUAUUCCACUGGAUCUUCUUCUUCGAUCUCCGUUGCCAUAGGUGAUUUCAAUGGAGAUGAUCGUUUAGAUAUUUUCGUCAUCAAUAAUGACACGAACAGUAUAGAUAUUCUGCUUGGCUAUGACGAGGGCUUUCCAAUUCAAGCACAAUAUGCAACUAGCACUUUGCCGAAUUUUGUAACUGUCGGCGACUUUAAUAACGACACCGUAUUGGACAUUGCCGUCACCAGUGAUAAUGAAAACACUGUAAGUGUACUUCUCGGAUAUAGUAAUGGCUCUUUUGCAACACAAGUGAAAUAUUCCACUGGCACUAAACCAUAUUAUGUAGCUGUUGGUGACUUUAAUAACGACACUCGACUGGAUAUCAUUGUCACUAAUUAUGGGAGCCAUAAUGUAAGUGUAUUUCUCGGAUAUAGUAAUGGUUCUUUUGCGAAUCAAACGACAUAUUCGACCGGUGCUUAUCCGUAUGGUUUAGCUGUUAGUGACUUUAAUAACGACACACGACUGGACAUUGUCGUCGCCAAUCGUGGUAGCAAUACUGUAAGCAUACUUCUCGGUUAUGGCAAUGGCUCUUUUGCAAAUCAAGCGACAUAUUCAGCUGGCAUUACUCCAGAGAAUGUAGCUGUUGGUGAUUUUAAUAACGAUACACGCCAGGACAUCGUCGUUACUAAUGUUGAUAACAACACUAUAAGUGUACUUCUAGGAUAUGGCAACAGCUCUUUUGCAAAUCGAGUAGCAUAUUCAACUGGCGCUUAUCCAGGCCCUGUAGUUGUGGCUGAUUUUAACAAUGAUACCUAUUUAGAUAUCGCCGUCACUAAUUAUUGGGACAACACUAUAAGUGUACUUCUCGGAUAUGGUGAUGGCUCUUUUGCAAUGCAAAAGACAUAUUUAACUGGCGACAAACCAGCUGGUUUAGCUGUUGGCGAUUUCAAUAAUGACACCCGAUUAGAUAUCGUCGUAAGUAAUGCUGGAAAUAAUACCAUAGGUGUACUUCUCGGAUAUGGUAAUGGUUCUUUUGCAAGUCAAAAGACAUAUUCAACCGGUGCUUAUCCAUUCGCUUUAGCUGUUAAUGAUUUUUACAAUGAUAAUCGACCAGAUAUCGUUGUCACUAAUUCUUUUGAAAACACUGUUAGUAUUCUGCUCCGUUAUGACAGAGGAGCUAUGAAAAACGAAAUUACAUUUGCGCCCAGUGCUGGUGCUCAUUUGACAUGCGCUGCCAUUUCGGAUUUCAAUAGUGAUGGUCUAUUGGAUAUCGUCGUUGCUAAUUAUGGUAGUAAUAAUCUAGGUGUCAUUCUCGGAUAUGAAAACGGCACAUUUGGAAACGAAAUGAUAUUCUCAACGGGAUUAGAAUCUCAUCCUUACUUAAUUGCAAUUAAUGACUUCAAUAAAGAUGGUCAAGUGGAUAUUGCAGUGGUCAAUCGUGGUAAUAAAAGUCUUAGUACAUUUCUGGGAAAUGGGAACGGAACAUUUGAAAGUCAAGCAAAUUAUAGCACUGGUUUUGAUUUUGCUCCAUUGGCUGUUGAUGUUGGUGAUUUCAAUAGUGACGGGCGUUCAGAAAUUGUUGUUACAUAUGAUGAUACUGAUAAUUUGGAUGUGUUUGUUAUAUAUGACAUCGGAGAUUUUUCUCAUCGAACGACAUAUUCAACUGAUCCUAUCCCAAACUGUGUAGCUUUUGGUGAUUUUAAUAACGACACUCGACUGGAUUUCGUUGUCACUACUGUGUAUUACAAUAAUGUAGCUGUAUAUCUUGGAUAUGGUAAUGGCUCUUUUGAAAACCAAAUGACAUAUUUAGUUGGAAAUCUCCCAUUCUCUGUGGCUGUUGGUGAUUUUAACAACGAUGCCCGAUCAGAUAUUGUUGUCGCUAAUCAGAAUGACAACACUGUAAGUGUACUUCUUGGAUAUGGCAAUGGCUCUUUUGCAAGACAACAAACAUUUUCAGCUGGCUUUAAACCAUAUUCUGUAGCGAUUGGUGAUUUUGAUAACGACAGCCGACUAGAUACCGUCGUCGCUAAUAUUGAUAGCAAUUCUGUAACUCUACUUCUAGGAUAUGGCAAUGGCUCUUUUGCAAGUCAAACGAAUUAUUCAACUGGCUUUCGGUCAUUGUCUGUAGCUGCUGGUGAAUUUAAUCAUGACGCCCGACUGGAUAUCGUAGUCGCUAAUUCUGAUGGCAAGUCUAUAAGUGUACUCCUAGGAUAUGGCAAUGGCUCUUUUGCAAGACAAGUGAAAUACUCCACUGGCACUGUACCAAUAUGUGUAGCUGUCGGUGAUGUUAACAACGACAGCCGACUGGAUAUCGUCGUCGCUAAUCGUGAUUAG